GCAACUCCUUGAGUAAAAAUAGUGGGAGAGCGCUGUUUCUGAGUUAAUAGGGUGAGGGGAGUAGACACUUCUGUUAUAUAGUACUGAAAUUUAUUUUAUAUUUACUGCUCUCUGCUAUAUUAUAAAUUUAUUCAAUUUUAUUUGCAAAAAAUUUGAAUGUUGACCAUUAUAUUUAUACAUUGAAAAAGAAUAUGUCGAUUGAAGGUACGUGAAAUACCGCCUUUACCAUAUGAAACGCAAGGUGGUUUUCUUGCUAGAUUAAAAUACACACAGCUUUUGACAAUGUUUCGUUUGUUGUGUAUACUAAACAUAACAAUUAAAGCAUAUCGAUAGAACACGAAAAUACUUUAUAAAAUUAUUAAAAGUGUUUUCCAAUUGAAACUAAAAUCAAAUUAUUAAGAUUCGAUAGAGGUAAAUCCUGCAGUAAAGAAAACAUUUGAGAAAUUGAAUAUGACAUUGCCUGGUAUUGGAGUUUUUGGUACUGGAAGUAUUGUUAGGAUUAUUAUUCCAUUUCUGAGGGAAAAGGGCUUCCGAAUUGAAGCCAUUUGGGGACGUACACUAGCAGAAGUAUCAGAAGUUGCAACCGAUCUAGAAAUACCAUUUCAUACCAGUCGAAUAGAUGAUGUAUUGCUCAGGAAAGAUGUUGACUUAAUUUUUAUUAUGUGCUCUCCCAGCUUGCAUGCACAAAUAGCGGUGAAAGCUUUAGGAAUAGGGAAGCAUGUUGUGUGUGAUAAACCUGCUGGAUUAAGUCAAAGUGAAGCAUUAAAAAUGGUACGAGCUGCACAAUAUUAUCCUUCUUUAAUAAGUAUUGUCAAUCACAGUUUAAGAUUUCUACCAGCAUUUGUUGAUAUGAAAAGAGCUUUAGAGGAAGGGUAUUUAGGUGGCCUUGUGACUGUGGUAGAAGUCAGAGUACACAUGGGCAGUUUGUUGCAUAAUGGAUACGAUUGGUUGUGCGACGAUACAAUGGGAGGAGGAAUCUUAGCAUUAGUAGGAAGUCAUGUAAUAGAUUUAAUUUUCCACUUGACCGGUCAAUACGCCUCAAAAGUGCAUGCAGUAGUGCGUACUUUUACCCAAACUACAAAACAUAUAAAUGGAAUAAGGCAUGUUACAUCGCCAGACUUUUGUAGUUUUCAAAUGGAAUUGAGUGGUGGUACUUUAGUAACAGUAACCUUAAGCAAUCAUUUACAAGGCCAACUUUCUCAAGAAGUAUUAAUAUGUGGAGGUGGUAAUCAUCUUCUCGCACGCGGUGGAGAUUUAUAUGGUUAUCGUAAUGGGCAAGAAGAAAUGUUAUAUCGUGAUACAGAUGACUUGCAAGAUAUAUCUUUCCCUAUUACCGACUCCAUACCUCGGCCAUAUGUCAAAGGAUUAAGAAAUAUGAUCUCUGCAUUGAGACAAGCUUUUCAAUCUGUUGAAGAUAAAAAAGGUUGGAUAAAGGAACCAGUAUUCUCUGCAUCAACUUUUGAAGAUGGUUUAUAUGUUCAAGCAGUUAUCGAUGCACUGCGACAAAGUAACAAACGACGAGAAUGGGUAAAAGUUAAUAUUCUAACAGAAGAGCCAGACCCAAAUCCUUUGUUGAGCGCAGCUGUUAGAGCUACAGCAAUUUCUAUAUAAAGUAAAUAUUGUACAAAGACUGGUUUAAAAUUUUAUGAAUAUGUUUAGUGUUAUCGAAAAAUGUGCUAAAAGAGAAAUAGUAAUUGUUAACUAAAACUCUUAUUAAAAUGGGUAACUCUAAAUAUGAAUUAGCACGUAUUAUUAAAUUUAAAUUUUAACUUUAACUAAUUAUUUAUUUCAACGGAUACACUAAAAGUAUGCAAAUUACAUUGUAUAUAUGUGCAUAGAUAUGUAUUAUAUUUAACAAGUUUUGUAAUAUGUUUAGAUUCAUGUAGGAUAUAAUAUUUACACUAGUAAAACACUGACAUUUAUUAACAAAAUGACACAUAAGACAUCAUAAAAAUAUUUAUAUAUUAAUAAAUUAUUUAUGUUUUAGUAUGAGAAAUAUGAAAAAAGAUGUGUUACUGUAAAUAAAAUUUUUUUAUAUUUAUAUUUCAUGUUAUCUCAUUAAUCCAUUAUUAUUAAUUUAUUGCAUAUUGGUUUUCACGUAUGGUUUGUACGAAUAAAAAUUAUAUUUAACAAAUUAAAUAAAGCAACACACGAGUAAAAAUAA